AUGUCCAAGAAGUCGAAAGACACAAAGGCCUUUCCACUGAACGAAACGUUACGCGAUCUAGCACUUCUCCGUUCAUCAGACAUCGAUCUUUCGAAGCUGGGCCUGAAACCCGAGUCUUCUAGCAGCCAGGAGGUCGAGGGCGAAGUUAGCGACUCCGUAAAGCUCUCGUACGAGUAUGUCGCAGAAGCUAAGAAGGUCAUGGCGAUAGCGAAUAAAGGAACCGUCGACUCGCUAGCAGACAAUAUCGAGAGCUUGAGGGGCCAGCUGGACGAGAUCUCCCAGGGAUUCACCUGGCGAGGCCUCAUGGCAUAUACGAAACUGAACAAUAUGAAGAACGAUGUAUUGUUCAGUAUGAGAACCAGAAUCUAA